AUCAUUUAUUCAUCAUUUCAAGAUAUGAAAGUAAUGAACAUAUUACUCAAUCUGUCGAAAUCGCCCCUGAGCAAAAGCCAUGAAUAGGGUGAAGUAGGAUCAUUUUCACGUAAAUUCACACACUUGGAUUCAUUGUUGCUUUACCUUCAAAUUCAAUCUUCCCUUCGCUUAGGGUUUCCUCUGCACCACCACAUCACAUCAAUGGCUUCCACCUCGAUUCUCUGCAUCAACGACGCCCUCACCGACGACGAGCUGCGUUCGAUUCUGGCCAAGGUCGACACCGACAAGGACAAGGAAACAUUCGGCUUGGUCUGCAAGAGAUGGCUCCGCUUGCAGAGCACCGAACGGAAGAAGCUCGCCGCACGUGCCGGCACCCACAUGCUCCGCAAAAUGGCUGAUAGGUUCACACGCUUGGUGGAGCUCGACCUUGCUCAAUCCGUUUCUCGUUCGUUCUUCCCUGGUGUCACCGAUUCUGAUCUCGCUGUGGUCGCCAAUGGCUUCACUUGCUUGAGGGUUCUCAAUUUGCACAAUUGUAAAGGAAUUACGGACGUUGGAAUGAAAGCGAUUGGAGAUGGUCUUUCGUUGUUGCAGUCCUUGGAUGUAUCCUACUGCAGAAAGCUGACUGAUAAGGGAUUGUCAGCUGUUGCGGAAGGCUGUUGUGACUUAAGGGUGUUGCAUCUCGCUGGAUGCAGAUUUGUUUCGGAUGGUAUAUUAGAGGCUCUCUCAAAAAACUGCCAUAAAUUAGAGGAGUUGGGGUUGCAAGGUUGCAUAAAUAUUACUGACAACGGGCUGAUAAACCUUGGAAGUGGUUGUAAACAGAUCAAGUUUUUAGACCUCAAUAAAUGCAGUAAUGUAAGCGAUGCCGGGGUUUCUAGUAUUUCUAAGGCCUGCUCGUCUUCUCUCAAGACAUUGAAGCUGUUAGAUUGCUACAAAAUUGGGGAUGAAACCAUACUAUCAUUGGCCAAAUUCUGUGACAAUCUGGAGACUUUAAUCAUUGGUGGUUGUCGUGAUGUUUCUGAUGAUGCAAUAAAGUCGCUGGCGACUGCUUGUAGAACCAACCUUAAGAACUUAAGGAUGGAUUGGUGUCUGAACAUCUCUGAUUCUUCAUUGAGCUGCAUUUUAAGCCAAUGCAGAAAUCUUGAGGCACUGGACAUUGCUUGCUGUGAAGAGGUGAGCGAUGCUGCUUUUCAGAAUAUAGGCAGUGGGGAGCCUGGUUUGAAUUUGAAGAUUUUGAAGGUCAGUAAUUGUCCAAAGAUCACAGUGACAGGCAUAGGCAUUCUUGUGGGUAAAUGCGCCUGUCUGGAGUACUUGGAUGUUAGGUCAUGCCCACAUAUUACAAAGGCCGGCCUCGAUGAGGCUGGUUUCGAUUUUCCUCAGUGCUGUAAGGUUAAUUUUAAUGGUAGCAUCAGCGAGCCUAUUGAGCUUCUUUGAUACUAAAAUUAUCGUUGAAGAUUGACAUAGAUCUUCCUGUGUGAACUUUCUAGAUAGGGCGUGCCUAUGGAAAUUCUUUUGGUUUAAACUAUGUGUCCUCCAUUGAGGUAGUCCUAUUCGAGCUGGUUAGGACCACUAUAGGCGGCAAAACUCUCUCUAGUGACUUGAAUCCGAGAACAACCUCAUAUCAAUUGAUCUACGCAGUUGGUGCUAGGAAAUUUGAUGAGAAUAUUGUAAGUUCUAUUGAUUUUAGUUUUCUUGUGCACCCCGGUGUGUUGUGUAUCAUUUGUAUUGACUUAUAUUGGAUGUAUCAUAAUUUAUUGAUCUUUUCAGUUGUAAAUUUAACAAGUACAAUUGCUUUUGGCUUUUGUAUUUUUUCCCCUCC